UCCGCAAACUUGGAAGCGGCUGUGAGUUGUUGUGUAUUAUGUUGAGCGGGGGGAUGAGCCCCGGCCCGCCGCGCUUUAUUAUGCCUCCUCUCCCGCCUUCACCUCAUUUAUUUAUACCGGACCGAAGCCUAGAGCUGAAAGAAGUGCGAAUGAUUCGGUUAAAAGGAGAGGUUUAGUUUUUUUAAGGCUAGUUUUUUUCUGGGGCGGCUGCGGCUGCUGGAGGGGGUGCUGGGCGGUAAUGGAUCCGCGGGUAUCGGAGCUUUUUGGUGCAGGUUCCGCUUUUAAAGCCGGUUCUCAAGGAGGCGGUUCGGGCUCCAAUAACGGUGCUGCUGGGGCGCUUUCGAAAAAAGCAAUUUGUAAGAAUGCUAAAAAGGCGAAGAAUCGGUCGGGACGGCACCCCAAACUCAGCAAUAACCCACCUUAUCUACCUCCAGAGAUUGAAGAGGGGAACGUCGAGUACAAGCUAAAGCUGGUGAACCCCACGCAAUAUCGUUUUGAGCACCUAGCUACACAAAUGAAAUGGCGUCUCCAGGAGGGCAGGGGAGAAGCCAUAUACCAGAUCGGGGUGGAGGACAAUGGGCUGCUGGUCGGCUUAUCAGAGGCGGAUAUGAGAGCCUCUCUCAGGACUCUUCGACGAAUGGCUGAGAAGGUGGGUGCAGACAUCACAGUUCUCAGAGAGCGGGAGGUGGAAUACGACUCUGAUGAGAUGCGGAAGAUAGCAGAGGUCCUUGUCAGAAAAGUACCGGAUGACCAGCAGUUCCUGGACCUUCGGGUAGCUGUGUUGGGUAACGUGGACUCGGGGAAGUCCACUCUGCUAGGGGUUCUUACUCAAGGGGAGCUGGAUAAUGGCCGGGGCAGAGCACGGCUCAACCUGUUCCGACACCUCCACGAGAUCCAGACAGGAAGAACCUCCAGUAUCAGCUUUGAAAUCCUGGGCUUCGAUAGCAAAGGAGAGGUGGUAAAUUACAGUGAGUCCCGGACAGCAGAGGAGAUCUGCGAGAGUGCCUCAAAAAUGAUCACAUUCAUCGACUUGGCAGGUCAUCAUAAAUACCUGAAGACUACCAUCUUUGGCCUUACCAGCUACUGCCCUGACUUUGCCAUGCUAGUGGUCAGCGCAAACACAGGCAUAGUGGGAACCACGCGGGAGCACCUGGGUCUGGCCAUGGCCCUGAAGGUGCCCAUCUUCAUUGUGGUCAGCAAAGUGGACCUGUGCACCAAAGCCACAGUGGAGCGCACCGUCCGGCAGCUGGAGCGCAUCCUCAAGCAGCCCGGCUGCAACAAGGUUCCCCUAGUAGUGUCCAGCACAGACGAUGCGGUCACUGCUGCCCAGCAGUUUGCCCAGUCGCCCAGGUACCUCACAACUCUUAACACUACCUCAAAGCCACCUGUCAACAACAAUAAACCCAGCAUCACGCCAAUCUUCACGCUGUCCAGCGUGUCGGGGGAGAACCUGGAACUGCUGAAAGUGUUUUUUAACAUCCUGCCUCCCCUCAGCAAUAGCAAAGAGCAGGAGGAGCUCAUGCAGCAGCUCACAGAGUUUCAGGUCGAUGAGAUUUACACAGUGCCUGAUGUUGGGACCGUGGUUGGUGGAACACUGUACAGUGGUAUCUGCCGUGAGGGGGAACAGCUGGUGGUCGGCCCCACAGAUGAAGGCCAGUUCCGGGAGCUGACGGUGUGCAGUAUCCAGAGGAACCGCUCUGGGUGCAGGGUGCUCCGAGCAGGACAGGCAGCUACUUUGGCACUGGGUGAUUUUGACCGCUCAUUACUACGAAAGGGAAUGGUGAUGGUGAGUCCAGAGAUGAACCCCACCAUCUGCUGGAUGUUUGAGGCUGAGAUCGUCUUGCUUUUCCAUGCCAAAACCUUCCACAAGGGCUUCCAGGUGACCGUGCACGUUGGUAAUGUGAGACAGACUGCCACAGUGGAGGCUCUGCAAGGGAAGGAGGAGCUGCGCACCGGAGAGAAAGCAGUGGUGCGAUUCAAGUUCAUCAAGCACCCAGAAUACCUCAAAGUUGGAGCCAAGCUGCUCUUCAGACACGGAGUAACCAAAGGCAUCGGACAGGUCACCAAACUCCAGCCUCUGUCUCAAUAUCAGCACCACUCUUAGAGUCACCCUCUCUCUAUCUCUCUGUGUCUCUCCUUCUUUCGUUCUUUCUCUCUCCUAGCUCAGAGGACCUAGACACAGUCUACCAAAUUUCAGUAAACCUCCGGUCAGCCUCA